CCUGCUUUCUAUAGUCCCGGGAGCAAAACUCCAUCUAUUCGUCUCUAUUUCUCUCUCUGUGCGUCAGAAGAGCCACCAUGUCUUCUGAUUCUACCCACAACAAUACGAGAGGCGGACCUUCUUCUCCAGACGAUUCAUACUCAAGUCCGAUCGACAACACGUUCUCAUCUCCCGGCGGCAAUGCUAAUGGCAGAAGGCGAAGACGCUCAUCACUCACUCCGCCUCCCCAGCCCUCCCGGUUUGCCGCCACGGAUGCGACCCCAACCCCAUCAAGCACCCAGAGUAGGAGAGCUAGGAGGGGCGGUACUAGGGUUACCCCGAUCGCUACCCCCACGUCGACGGACGAUGCACCACCCUCUUCGGAGGGUGGGGAGGGCGACGAUGCGGAAGAGGCCACUCCGAUGUUUGUUUGGGGAACCAACAUCAGCGUAGAGGACGUCAAUGCUGCUAUACUCCGAUUCCUGAGGCACUUCCGCGAUCACCCAUCUCACACGGAGGGGAAAUACAUGAGGGCAAUCCAUCACAUUCUUGAUGUGGAAGGGGAGUCACUUGAUGUCGAUGCUCAGGAUGUCUACAACUACGAUUCCGACCUCUAUACCAAGAUGGUUCGGUACCCACUGGAGGCGCUCGCAAUCUUCGAUAUUGUUCUCAUGGACUUGGUCAGCCGCAUCAAACCUCUGUUCGAGAAGCACAUCCAGGCUCGAAUUUUCAACCUCAAAUCAUCCACUUCCUUGAGGAAUCUAAACCCAUCUGAUAUCGAGAAGAUGGUUUCUGUGAAAGGUAUGAUCAUCCGUUCUAGUUCCAUAAUACCCGAAAUCAGGGAAGCUGUAUUCCGAUGCCUUGUAUGUGGAUUCUAUUCUGAUCCUAUUGUUGUGGAUCGAGGCCGAAUCAAUGAACCUACUAAGUGCGGGAGAGAGGAGUGCCAGACACCGAACUCUAUGUCUCUGGUUCACAACCGAUGCAGGUUUGCGGAUAAGCAGAUUGUAAGGCUCCAGGAGACACCAGAUGAGAUCCCUGAGGGAGGCACACCUCAUACUGUGAGCUUAUUGAUGCAUGAUAAGCUCGUGGAUGCUGGAAAGCCGGGUGACAGAGUCGAGGUGACUGGGAUUUACAGGGCAAUGAGUGUCAGAGUAGGGCCAGCACAAAGAACCGUAAAAUCUUUGUUCAAGACAUAUAUUGAUUGUCUUCAUCUAAAAAAGACCGAUAAAUCAAGAAUGCGGGCUGAGGAUCCUAUGGAUAUUGACAAUGGAUCUCGCAACAAUGAUGAGGAAUUCCCCCUUGACUAUGAGCAGAAGGUAGAGCAAUUGAAAGAGCUUGCAAAGCAGCCAGAUAUCUAUGAUAGGCUAACAAGGUCCCUUGCACCAAGCAUAUGGGAACUGGAUGAUGUAAAGAAGGGCCUUCUUUGCCAGCUGUUUGGUGGGAGUGCUUUGAAGCUGCCAUCUGGAGCCAGCUUUCGUGGUGACAUCAAUAUACUGCUUGUUGGUGACCCUGGAACCAGUAAGUCACAGCUGCUUCAGUACAUACACAAGCUCUCACCCCGUGGCAUUUACACCAGUGGAAGAGGAAGUUCUGCAGUUGGUUUGACUGCAUAUGUCGCUAAAGACCCUGAAACGGGUGAAACAGUUCUGGAGAGUGGGGCCUUGGUCUUAAGUGACAGAGGCAUAUGUUGCAUAGAUGAAUUUGAUAAAAUGUCAGAUAGUGCACGGAGCAUGCUACAUGAGGUGAUGGAACAACAAACUGUAUCAAUAGCAAAGGCGGGAAUUAUUGCUUCCCUUAAUGCUAGGACUUCUGUUUUGGCUUGUGCUAAUCCAAGCGGUUCACGCUAUAACCCUCGCUUGUCUGUUAUUGACAAUAUACACCUUCCCCCAACCUUACUGUCGAGGUUCGAUCUGAUUUAUUUAAUCCUCGACAAGGCCGAUGAACAAACAGAUAGGCGUCUUGCAAAGCAUAUUGUUGCUUUGCACUUUGAGAAUCCUGAGAGCAUUGAGCAGGAUGUCUUGGACCUUCCAACUUUAACUGCUUAUGUGAGCUAUGCUAGAAUGCACAUUCAUCCACAGUUAUCUGAUGAAGCUGCGGAAGAAUUAACAAGAGGGUAUGUUGAGAUGAGGAGAAGAGGCAACUUUCCAGGUAGCAGCAAGAAGGUGAUAACUGCAACUGCUAGGCAACUUGAGAGUCUAAUACGUCUUAGUGAGUCUUUGGCUCGGAUUCGUUUUUCAGAAUCGGUUGAAAAACAAGAUGUUGCAGAGGCAUUUAGACUUCUAGAAGUUGCUCUCCAACAGUCUGCAACAGAUCACUCCACUGGGACUAUUGACAUGGAUCUCAUUACCACUGGAGUUUCUGCAAGUGAGAGGAUGAAACGAGAGAAUCUCUUAUUGGCAACCAGGAACAUAAUUAUGGAAAAGGUGGAAAUUGGAGGACACUCAACCCGUUUAUUGGAAUUGCUGGACGAGCUAAAAAAGCAAAGCUCCGGAGAGGUCCACCUCAAUGAUUUAAGGAAUGCACUUGCCACCCUUGCAAGCGAGGGAGUUGUCGUUGUUCAUGGUGACAAUGUGAGGAGGAUUUGAUCAGAAAGGAAGAGAACUACUGCAGGGAAGCAAUGGGCGCCAGCAGGUUAAUACUAUUCCAUGAAUUGCAACUGUUGGAUGACUAGGAGCUUUAAUGAUUUAUUGUGGAGAUGGCUUAAUGGAUUCUGCACGUACAAGUAUACAACAUCAAUGAAGAGCUAAGGAGGAUUCCCCAUGUACAAGGCUUCAAUGAAUGGUCCAAGUGAGUCGUGGCGCCCAUCAAGUCAUUGUAUUGAUCAUUAUGUAUUCUAAGAGCAAAUGUGAUAAGGGGUUAUCCUUCUGUGAUUGAGGUUUUGUUCUGUUCUUGAAUGAUUUGACAUUUUUCAGGCAAUGGAUUAAUAUCCAAAAAAGUGAGAUCCUUUACAGUAGGAA